AUGGAAUCUGCCGUUCUUUCAUUCUUGGAUUCAUUGAUCGGUUCUGAAGGAGUAAAGGGUGCAUUAAUAGCGGAUGAACACGGAUUAUGUUUAGGAGUAAAAGGGAUUGCAAACUCAAAUUCUGCAGGAUUUAUAUCAGCAAUAGCAACAUAUGCUAAAUCUUUGCAUGAUGAUCCAAAUGUUCAAGUUCCCACUAUAAAAAUUGAAACCGAUAAAUCUGGUAGACAUUCAAAUUUCUUCCCAUUUUCUUUUCCUUUAAAAUAUUCUCAAAGAUAUAUGUACAAUGGAACAAUUGAUUUAAAAGAUCAAGUACCAUUCGACAUGUUGGAUAUCCUAUGCGCAGCAGAUGAGUUAAUAAUCGAUGACUUGAUAGAAUACAUCCAAACGUACUUGAUACAAAAUAGACCAACAUGGAUAAUUGAAAAUUUAGUCGAAAUCCUUAAUAUAGUUUCACCAAGACCCGCACUUUCCAAAUUAACAAAUCAUUGUUUGGAAGAAGUCACAUUAUUAAAUCCUUCAACAUUUUUUAAAUCUGAAUCUUUUUUAAAUCUGAGUGAAGUUGCUUUAGUUGAAUUAUUGAAACGUGAUGAUAUCUGCAUGAAUGAAUACAAGUUAUGGAAUUGCGUUUUAAAAUGGGGUAUCGCAAAUACCCUUUCCUUAAGCUACGACUUGGAUGAUGAGAUGAUCAGAGAAAAUAGCUGCAAUGAUACAUAUCUCUUUAAAUGGACUUCAGAAAAUUAUCAAAAUUUGGAAAAAACGUUAAAAAAUUGCAUUCCACUAAUUAGGUUUUUUGAUAUUUCAUCGAAUGAAUUUAAUAAGUUGAGUCCAUAUUCAAAAUUAUUACCCAAAAAAUUAUUGGAUGAUAUAACACGUUAUUAUAUGACGAGAGACGUUCAUUCAACCCAAAGUUAUGAUAUCCCUCCACCAAGAUCAUGUGGUGCACAAAUAGAAUCCAAGAUAAUAAAUCAAAAACAGGCGGUAAUACUAGUUAAUUGGAUAGACGGUUACGGCACAUCUUACCCGCGAACAUCAAUACCGUAUACCUUUAAACUAUUAUUCCGAGCAUCUGAAGGUAAUAAUAACCCCAAGUUAUUUCAUGAAAAAUGUGAUAAUGUCGGACCAACUAUUAUCGUAAUUAAGAUACGUGGUAGCGAUCGUUUGGUCGGCGGUUAUAAUCCUCUUAAUGAUUCAUGGAAAAGAUCUUGGUUUUCUUCUUAUAGAGGACAAAAAGAAUGUUUUGUUUUCUCUAUAGAUUCUGCUGCUAAAACCACCUUAGAUGAAAAUCACGUAUUAUCUAAAGUUAUUCCAGAAUAUAGGAAAAGCGCCAUCUUUGAUCAUCCAUGGAAUGGUCCUUGUUUUGGUACCGGUCCUGACCUUUGGGUUAACACUGAUCCUAAUAAUCCAAUUGGUCAUGCUACUAGGAAAAGUUAUCAACAUGCUAUCAUGAGAUCGAGGGAUUUUCAUUGGGAGGACUGGGAAGUUUUUUCGAUAAAAAGAAAUGUACCAGAAUAA